UCUUGUUUUGAAAACAAAGAAAAUUUAUAAAAAUGGGCAAAAUCUUCCUGGACCAUAUCGGUGGGACUCGAUUGUUUUCAUGUGCAGCGUGUGAUGUGAACCUUACUAACCGUGCGGAGCUCAUUAGCACCAGAUUUACAGGCGCAACUGGUCGCGCGUUUUUGUUUCACAAAGUGGUGAACCUAGUGUAUUCUGAAGUACAAGAUCGAGUAAUGCUGACAGGUCGCCAUAUGGUUCGUGAUGUUUCCUGCAAGAACUGCGCUACCAAACUCGGAUGGGUGUACGAAUUUGCUACAGAGGAGAACCAGAGAUACAAAGAAGGCAGAGUUAUACUAGAGAGAGCUCUAGUAACAGAAAGUGAUGGUAUUGAAGAAAUUCAAGUGAACAACGAUGACUAAAGUUUACUGUAGUCAUAAAUCUAUGAUCUAUAGUAUAAGAUCUAUGAUAACUACUAAUGUAAAUACUCAAUAUUGUUGUAAACUAAUUUGAUGGAGGAAUGUAAUAAAAGAAAUUUUUAGUUAUAUGGGGUGCAACUGGAAAGACUGUGAUUGCAUAAGGUUAAUAGUCUGUUUAUCUGUAUAAAAUGUGACUUUGCAUAUACUGAACACUGUGCAGAAAAAUCUCGGAAAUCUUUAAAGAACUGGUAAGCCACAGCUUGCAGCAGAACACGCCGAACAUGGCACCAGACUCGUUGUUAGCUCAUAAAGAUUUGACUAACUCCCCUUCGAUGGUUAAAUUAUGUAUAUGAUCCAUUGGUCUGGUCAAACGGACGUGACGAGAAAAUUCGCGUUUAUACUGAUGGGAAAUCUCAGCUGAGAAGUGAAACUUUUCACCGUGUAUUGUAUUUCUCUAACAAUGCAGCCAGCACACAUCCAAGGUCAGCCAGCUUUUUCCACUUUUUUCGCAUCCAUAGAGAUUGUGGACAAAUGCAAACCUAUUUUUAAUUAUUAAAAAAAAGACACUAACAUCUGGUGUUUCGCGAGCACUGGCGUCAGUGUCAUCAAAUCUCUAAUUCAGUUAUAUUGUCCAUACUUUGCAUCCUAAAGGAGGCAACAUACUUAUCGCCUGCCAGUCGGAUCGCCGACGCGAAACGCACGUCUUCUUCGCUCUUAUUAUGGACAUAGAGCUUUUUGCCUGAUUCGAGACGAUUCCGCGUUAAUAAGUGUCAUGACUCCCCAAGUAACAGUCUUCAAACCUAACUAGGUUUGAAGUCACAAGCUUAGACUAGCCUGUGAUUGAAAUGUGAAAUACUGUAUAUUUCCGAAACGAAUUCUAAGCUUAGAUCAGCUGCCAGUACCGGCUGUACCUAUGGUGCAAGGUGUGCGGCGCACACGGGCGCAGGGUUGUUAAGUAAACGAGCUAUUGCUUCCCAACAUCAUUUAUAAGGCUGCUAACAGAUUGACUGCAUUCUUGCCGUUAAUGCGUGAGGUCGUAAUCAACUUCAUGCAACCGAUAUCCACUGCAUGCAGUUAAUGAGUGCAGUCGUUAUCAACUUUAUGCAGUCACAGUCUCGGACAACGACUUCACGCAUUAACUGCAUGUAGUCGAAACCGAAAUCAUGCAGCCAAGAUCAACAAAAAUAAUGAGCGAAGUCGUUAUUCAUGCACUUCAUGCAGACCUCUGAGUAACCUCAGUUUUAAAAAGAUACAGAGGCCAAAAAAUU